UUUAAUGUGAACCAAUUAUUACACAGUCCUGGCAACUCACUUAACUAUUCCUGAUAUAUUUACUUUGAAUAUCAAACUCACAAAAAUGAACAUUAAUAAUGACAUACAAAAUAAUCAAUGCUGAAACGUUCAGAUGACGUUUGUGAGUGAAUUGAAAAUGUUCAAUUGCUUUCAUGAGCUUUUUCUCUCACUGUCCUGAAUUUAAGACACUGGUUUAGCUGUCUGGGAAUUAAGAACAUGUCCAAUAUCAACAUGUCCUUUAUUUUGAAGAAUCUCAUUUCUUCUUGACUUCCUGCCUAAGAACAUUUCCAAUAACCUUUUGAAGGAAUAGCAACUUUGCUUAACUUUCUUCUUUAAGUCUAUAGUUAAGGAUAAAAUGGCAUUUAAGAAGAAAAGUCUUCUUAAAAACGUUUUGGGAGUCCGGCCCCAGGAAGAUAAAGUUGUCAAGGUCACACCCCCACAUAUGUGAUAUGAUUGUAUGGCCUCAGAGAUGUGUAUGGCCUCAGAUAUAUGCACAAAGAACUGAUGUCCACUAGAGAGUACAAAAAUGAAUAGCUUUGUCUCAGGAGGAUUAAAACAUGUGCCUCUGUUCCCUCUCCCUGAGGAGUUGCGUAGUCGUGAGUUCUGGCGUGCCAUGCUGGCCGAGCUGCUGGGUUCCCUGGUGUUUGUGAGUGCUGUUCUGGGGGCCUCUGUGCCGGGCCCUGGAGAGGCCUCCACGGGGCCCCUCUACCCAGCCCUGGCUGCAGGCAUGGUGGCUGUUGCCCUGGGACACUGUUUUGGAGAGAUCAGUGGAGCACAGGUGAACCCAGCAGUUACCCUGUCUCUGUUGGCCACGCGGAAGCUGGACCUGGUGAGGGCUCUGGUGUACGUGGGAGCCCAGUGUCUGGGGGCCUCCCUGGGGGCCGGGGCUCUCUACUUCGCCCUGCCCCUCAAAACCACCGCAGACUGCUUCGUUAGCAGGGUUCCUCUCGAGGUGAACGCGGCCCAGGCUCUAGGGAUGGAGCUUCUGUCAACGUUCCAGCUGGUCUUCACUGUGUUCUCCGUGGAGGACCACCGUCGGAGGGAGUACACAGAACCAGGGAACCUGGCCAUCGGCUUCUCUCUCAGCGCAGGCGUGCUCAUCGGGGGUCGGUUCUCUGGAGGCAGUAUGAACCCGGCACGUUCCCUGGGUCCAGCCAUCAUCACUGGCUUCUGGGAAAACCACUGGGUGUACUGGAUUGGACCGGUGCUGGGUGCAGUGCUGGCCGGGGUCUCCCAUGAGUUCUUCUUUGCCCCCAGUGCAUCGAGGCAGAAGCUGGUUGCGUGUCUGACCUGUAAGGACAUAGAGAUGGUGGAGGCAACCAGCGUAUCCCGGUCCUCCCUGUCCACCGUCACCCAGACCGCCAUGAGGGCUAAGCAGGUCAACAAACAGGAGCAGAACUAGAAAGGGACACAUCAUGCUACACAACAAUAUAUAGUGGGGUCUGAAAUGGUUGACACCCUUGAUAAAGAUGAGCAAUAAUGACUGUAUACAAUAAAUUAUUCAAAUAAUGAGCUAAAAUUGACUUCAGAAGGUUUUCAUACCCCUUGACUUAUUCCACAUUUUACAGACUGAAUUAAAAAUGGAUUCAAUAGAUGUUUUUCUUACCUAUCUACAUACAAUACACCAUAAUGACAAAUUGAAAACCUGUUUUUAGAUUUUUUUUGGGCUAAUUUAUUGAAAACGAAAUACAUAAAUGUCUUUAUUUAAAUAAGUAUUCACACCUCUUUGCUAUGACACUCCAAAUUGAGCUCAGGUGCAUUCAAUUUCCUUUUGAUCAUCCUUGAGAUGUUGCUACAACUUGACUGGAGUCCAACUGUGGUCAAUUCAAUUGUUUGGACAUGGUUUAGAAAGAAACACACCUGUCUAUAUAAGGUCCCACAGAUGGCAGUGCAUUUCAGAGCAGAAACUAUAAGUCCAAGAAACUGCCAGUAGAUCACCGAGAUAGAAUUGUGACGAGGCGUAUAUUUGUGGAAGGGUAUAAAACCAUUUCCAUAGUGUUGAAAGUUUCCAAGAGCACCGUGGUCUCCAUCGUUGGGAAAUUGAAAAAAUAUGGAACUACCUAGACUCUGACUAGAGCUGGCCGUCUGACCAAACUGAGCAACCGGGCAAGAAGGACCUUGGUCAGGGUGGUGACCAAGAACCCAAUGACCACUCUGACAGAACUACAGAGUUCCUUGGCUGAGAUGGGAGAAGUCUCUACAGCCCUUCAUCAAGUUUGACUUUACGGGAGAGUGGCCAGACAGAAGCUGCUCCUGACAAAAAGGUAAAUGACAGCACACAAAAAAAGUUUGCGAAAAGGCAAAAGAAUCUGUCGUCUGAAGAGACAAUGUUACUCUUUGGCCUGAAUGCAAAGCGCUGUGUACGGAGAGAACCAAGCACAGCUCAUCACCCUUCUAGCAUCAUCCCUACCGUGAAGCAUGGUGGUGGCAGCAUCAUGCUACGGGGAUGCCUUUCAGCGGCAUGAACUGGGGAGACUGGUAAGGAUAGAGGGAACAAUGAAUGAAGCCAAAUGCAGGGAAAUCCUUAAUGAGAACUUGCUUCAGAGUGCAAACGACCUUAGACUGAGGCAACGCUGGAAUGGUUUCAGAACAAGAAUGUUGAAAGUCCUUGAGUUGCCCGGCCAAAGCCUAGACUUGAAUCUUAUUGAAAAUCUGUGGAAAUCUGUUCACCGCCACUCCCCUUCCAAUUGAACAAAGCUUGAAAAAGAAUAAUGGGUGAAAAUCCACAAAUUGAGAUGUGCAGAGCUGAUACCAACAUACCCAAGCUGUAAUCACCGCCAAAGGUGCUUCUACAAAGUAUUGACUCAGGGGUGUGGAUAGUUAUGUAAAUUAGAUAUUUCUGUAUUUAAUUUUCAAUACAUUUGCAAAGAAUGUGUAAAAACACGUUUUACUCUGUCGUUAUGGAGCGUUGUGUGCAUAUCGGUUAGAAAAAAAUAUAUUUAAUCCAUUUUGAAUUCAGACUGUCACACAACAAAAUGUGGAAUAAGUCCAGGGGUAUGAAUACUUUCUGAGGUACACAUAAAAAAAAGGGAAAAUUAUAUUAUUUAUACUAACACAAUUGCACAGAGAAAGCGAUUUAGUUUAGCAAGUAAUAUGGUUUUCCCUUUAAAAAGGUAGGGGUCAAAGUUAUUGACUCCUCUAAAGACUCUUAGAAAUGAAGUACUCAAAAGUUUUGUAUUUUGUCCCGUAUUCCUACCACGCAAUGAUUACAUCAAGCAUGUGACUUUACAAACUUGCUGGAUGCAUUUGCAUUUUGUUUUGGUUGUGUUUAAGAUUAUUUGUGUCCUUUAGAAAUUCAUGGGAAAUAACGUUUUGUGUCAUUUUGGAGUCACUUUUAUUGUAAAUAAGAAGAGAAUAUGUUUCCAUUCACUUCUACAUUAAUGUGGAUGCUACCAUGAUCACGGAUAAUCCUGAAUGAAUUGUGAAUAAUGAUGAAUGAUAAAGUUACAUAGGGUCAAAGAUCAUACCCCCAAGACACGCUAACCUCUCACCUUUACCGAUAACAGGGGAUGUUAGCAUUCCUUGUGAGGUAUGAUCUUUGACCCUAUGUAACUUUAUCACUCAUCAUUAUUCUACAAUUCACCAGAAAGACAAGGCACUCUGGGAAAUAUGCAAAUAACACUUUACACUAAGCAGUGUAUUAAUUUAACACUGAAAAGUGUGGACCUGUAUAGACAGUGGACCAGUGUUUCAUUUAACACUGGAUAAUUUUCUGUGUACAUUAGCAUAAGAUAAAUGCGAUAUUAUGAACUGGGUGGUUCGAGCCCUGAAUGCUGAUUGGCUGACAGUUGUGGUAUAUCAGACAAACAUUUAUUUUUACGUUGGUAACCAGUUUAUAUAAUAGCAAUUAGGCACCUUGUGGGUUUGUGGUAUAUGGCCAAUAUACCACGGCCAAGGACUGUAUCCAGGCACUCCACGUGGCGUCGUGCUUAUCAACAGCCCUUAGCCGUGGUAUAAUGGCCAUAUACCACACACCCCCCCGGCCUUAUUGCUUAAAUACAUAUAAUAUAAAUAUACAUAUAAUGAUGAAGACAACACAGUUAUAGUUUCUAAUUACAUAUGAAUGUGUAGCCUUCACACUUAGCCAGAACAUGUCAAACUGUACAUACAUUAUAUAUAUAUUACACAAUUUGAUCAAUAUUCAGUGUUAUCAGUGAUGUUAUUCUAAUUUACGAAGAAAUGUGAUGUAUAACCCAACAACCACUCAAAGAAAUGUCCGUUUUGUAACACAGAAUCCUUUUAUUUUAGCAUUACUCACCCUGUCGUCUGUGAAUGCUUUGAAAUGCUAAAGAGGCUAGCGUUCUGUACUCGCUAACAUAGGCCACCAUCUCUGUCCUCUCUUCCUACGGCUCUCUCAUCUCAAAGCUCUUGUUAUUCUGCUAUUCACUGUCAAAUCAGUCCUCAGACAAGAGCCCUCUAAUGGCCCAGGUCUAAACAGAUUGUGGGAUCAGCUUUUCACAGACGCGCUCCCUACCCCUUUCUUCAAGAUUCUGGGGGUUUGUAAUAAGCAAUUGUAGGCGGAAAACAUUUUGGGGAGAUGGUGUACCUUUUUUGAAUGUGUUUAGGUUUUUUGUUACCUGAAUUGCUAUGGAUGUCUCGUUGCAAAUGGUCAACUUUUUGAAUUGUUUUUGUUAACUGUAUAAAGCUAUGGAUGUUUAAGAAUUAAAAGCUGGGCAA